GGUUGUGUGUGUUAGGCCUGGUAUAAGCUGUUAUUUAUGCAAACAAGUAAUAGCUGUAUGUUAAAUCCUCCUGCCCAUUGUGCUGUGCAGUGCUGGAGGCAGAGAAGCAAUUUAUGGAAGCGGCUAAAAGGAAUGACGUGCAGACCAUGAAGACUGUUGGAAGAGGGAUGAACGCCAAUGCAAAGAACGUGUAUAACAGGACAGCCCUUCACUACGCAGUGGCUGGGAAAAACAAGGAGGCUGUGCAGCUCCUCCUGCAGCGCAGGGUCAAGGUGGAUCAAAAAGAUAAGCACGGGAUCACACCAAUUCACCUGGCUGCCUGGUUUGGCAGCUUGGACAUCUUGAAGUUAUUAGUUCAGGCUGGAGCCGAGCAGAAGGUUGAGAACGAGGAUGGACUGAACAUUAUGCAUUGUGCUGCCAUGAACAACCACACGGAUAUUGUAGAAUACAUUAUCAGUGACCUUCAAAUGAAAGAACUGGACAAAGAGGAUCAGUCAGGAAACCGGGCUUUUGCACAGGCGGCAAAGAACGGCUGCGUUGAGAUGUUGGAGAUGCUCAUGGAUACAUACGACAUGGCCACCAUGAAGCCUGACAAGAGAGGCGACACACCCCUGCACUUAGCUGCCAGGAACGGCCACUUGGACGCGGUCCAGCUGCUGCUGCAGAGCUUUGAUACUCGGGAUGAAGUCAAUAUGGACGGGGAGACGGCUUUAUACCAGGCAGCAGAUCACGGUCAUGAAGAGUGUGUCAGAGCCCUGCUGGAGGCCGGCUGUAACCCAGACAUCGUUACAGCGGAGAAAUGCAGCGCCCUGCAUGCUGUGUCUGAGAGAGGUCAAACGUCUCUGGUCCAGCUCCUCGUGAAGUACAAAGCCAAUACGGACUUUCAAAAUCAGCAACUAGAGUCACCGCUCCACCUUGCAGUGAGGAAAAACCACAUCCCUGUCAUCCACGCUCUUCUGCAAGCUGGCUGUGACCUGAAUAUAAGAGAUAAGAGGUCCCAGACUGCCAUGCAUCUGGCAGCAGAAGUUGCCAGGAUUGAAGUUGUAGAAAUGCUUCUUAAAUCGAGGGUCGAUCUCACGCUCAAGGACAGACAGGACAAGACAGUUUUGGGCGUUGCUGCCAGAGCAAAUGAGGUGAUUAUUGUAGAUAUGAUCAUCAAAGCAGAAAGAUACUACGCCUGGAGAGAGGCCAACCCUGAGCUUAAUGAGAGUGUUCCCAGCGAGUAUCCUCUCACGUUCAAACUUGACCACCGGAACGAGACCAAGCAGCUCCGCUCGAUGGCGUGGCGUCUGGCCUACGAGCUCCUGAAGCCGGGAGACUGGAAGAGACUGGCAGGACACUGGGGCUUCACGAAGGACCAGAUAUCUGCCAUCGAGGAGCAGUGGACAGGUGCCACCAUUCACACACAUCGACGCAGCAUUGAGUAUGAGUGUCUGACUCUGCGAGCACAGCUACCGGGAGCAUGGGAACAGGAUGCUGCUGAUCUGGCUGCACGGGGAGGAGCUGGCUCAGAGGAGUCCUGCUAAAGACCUGUACCACGGCCUCAUUGUCACACGGAACAGGAAAGCUGCAGAUAAGAUUCGCAUGGAGGAAGAGAGUUCCAGCAAUAAAGGCUGCUGCGUUUCAUGAGGAUGAGCACUUCAUCAAAUCGACUGAAUAAUUCAACCCGGUGUGUAACUCGCUGCCAAAUACUGACUUGAACAGGCAGUCUGCUGCAAAAUAAUUUAUUUGAAAAACAAGAUUGUGCAUCUGAUCAUAAAGCAUAUGGCUUCGGCUUUGAAAAGUAAACAAACUGCUGGUGGCCACAUCAUGGAUCACUACACAAAUAUAUGUAAUUUCAUGCAUU